CCAUAGCGUGUGGACAGAGUAAGGAGAUCCAGCUGACUUCCAUCAUGACGACACUGAAGUUCAACUCAGUCUGAUGAGAAACGUCUUUAUAAAGUCUGAAAACCACUGUAUAGAUGUGACUGUAUGGUAUGGGUUCCCUCUCACACUUGCGUUCUUUUAUUCUCUUAUUUCUCUCUCACAAUCACCAUUUCUCACUGACCGUCCCAUCAUGCUUUUCUCUCCUGUGGUUGAAUGGAUGUGUUUGUUCCCCUUAGCAAAUAUAACAUGGCUGUUUGUGUUUGGCUGUCAUGGAUGGAAGAUGGAGUCAUAAGACCAGGCCUGCAGACACGCGCACACACGCACACACACUUUCUCAUGCAAGUCAUAUGAGUUAUAGGGCUUAAUCAGAGAUAGAGAGAGUAAGUGAGAGAGGAGAAGAUUUGGAGAUGGAGGAUUUCCUAUGGAGAAUGCGGGUCUGGGCGUCCGUGUGCUUAAGGAGAUGUUGUUGGUGUUGUGGAGAUAAAACAAAUGAAAUCAGAAGGGAAGAAAAAGAGGAAAUGUUUGAGAUGAGAGUAGAAGAGAUAAAAGAAGCAAUGAAAACAGAAGAAAAACCAUCAAAAACUUGGAGUGUGUCCUCCCUCCCAGUCGCUGAGCUGGGUGAGCUGGAUGGGGUGGAGAAACCACAGCCGCACUGGUUUCACACGCUGCAGGUGCGACGGCUCAGAGUUCAGAGGGGCCGCAGUAACAGCGAUCCUAUGGGAGGAAAGAGCUUCCAGCAAGAGUUCCAGUGGAAAACUGGCCUGCAGUUUGGGAAUGCAACAUCUUAUCUAAAUCUUGAAAAACUAGGAGAGGGCACAUAUGCCACAGUUUACAAAGGAAUUAGCAGGAUAAAUGGUCAUCUUGUGGCAUUAAAGGUGAUUCACAUGAAAACCGAAGAAGGAAUUCCAUUCACUGCUAUUAGAGAAGCCUCCUUGUUAAAAGGCCUUAAACAUGCCAACAUAGUCCUUCUCCACGACAUCAUCCACACACGAGAGUCUCUAACCUUUGUCUUUGAGUAUGUGCAAACAGAUCUGGCUCAAUAUAUGAUUCAGCAUCCUGGCGGACUUCACUCAUACAACAUCAGGCUCUUCAUGUUUCAGUUGCUGCGAGGAUUGUCUUACAUUCACAGCAGAAGAAUUCUGCAUCGAGACCUCAAACCUCAGAAUUUGCUCAUCAGCUAUCUGGGAGAACUCAAAUUAGCCGAUUUUGGUCUGGCCCGAUCUAAAUCCAUACCGUGCCAAACGUACUCUGCCGAGGUCGUGACUUUAUGGUACCGCCCACCAGAUGUUCUCAUGGGCUCCACUGAUUACUCCACAGCCCUGGACAUCUGGGGAGCCGGCUGCAUUUUUAUUGAGAUGCUACAGGGGUCACCAGCGUUUCCUGGAGUUGCAGAUGUCUUUGAGCAGCUGCUGAAGAUUUGGACAGUCCUCGGGGUCCCGACCGAGGAGAGCUGGCCAGGUGUCAGUGAUCUGCCAAACUAUAAACCAGAGUGGUUCCUGCCCUGCAAGCCCCAGCAAUUUCGAGAUGUCUGGAAAAGACUCGCUCAGUUACCUUAUAAGACGGAGGAUCUGGCCCAGCAGAUGCUGAUGAUGAUUCCAAAGGACAGGAUUUCAGCCCAGGAUGCAUUGCUGCACCCAUAUUUCAACACUCUUCCACCUCCGUUAAUGCAUCUAAGGGACACCGUGUCCAUCUUUAAGGUGCCGGGCGUGAGGUUAGAGACGGAAGCGAGGGAUAUCUUCAGCCCCAGCAGACGAAUGAAAUCGCCUCUUGCUCCGCUGGCCAAGUGCUGGUGAAAGACUCGCAUUUGUAAAUAGUUGGUGUGCUUGUGAAAACCAAAAACACACCAGCAUGAGUAAACGUGACACUGUUGCAGCAUGACGGUCAGUUUGUAUGUAGUUUAUUCAGAUAUAAAUCAGAUUUAUCAAAUAUAUUUCUUAAGGAAUAUCAGAUUCAGUUUCAUAAGACUCAUGUUUUUACAUUUUGAACCAGUAAUACCUAAGAGAAAGUUUUAUGGUAGAUCAUGACGAUCCAAAGCUGAUUUAUCACUGUAUUUUGAGAUCAUAUUCAUUGAGAGAGGAUCAGAUACGUCUGCUUUCUGCCUCUCGGCAAAGCGAUGUCCAGAGUCUGUUUACAGCACACUUUCAUUGUGAAUAAGUUGAAAUUAAAUGCAUUUCUUAAUUUUGAUAUGUAACUACAUUUUUGUAUAUAUUGCAUUAAAGAGAGAGAGAGAGAGAGAGAGAGUGUGUGAGAGAGAUGGAUUGGGAAUAUGAUAUGAAAAUGCGUGGAAGAAUAUACCUACUAAUAUUUCAAAGCUCUAUUGUACAGUGUGCAGGUGAAAAAAUUACUUGUAUGCAUUCAUAAAACACCUGGAGAGUGUCACCUGAAAUUACCUGUUUUUGUACAGCGCAUACUCAUAUUUCUGUGGCCAUCAUGUUAAAACAUGUUUAGUACUGUUUUUAGCUAAGUUUGUAUCAGAAUUGUUUUGGUAUAUUUACAUUUUACAUAUUAGCUAUGUAUGUAUAAGAUACAGAGAUUCAAACAUGUGCUGCUUCUAAGUCAAUGUUCUACGUGAGAGAUGUACAGCAAUAAAUAACAGAUACAAAUAAUAGAAACAAUCACUGUUUCAAUGCUGAUGUCAUACAUGGAUGAGUAUAUCCACACACUUCAACAUAAUCUGCAAUACUGUGAAAAUUGUGUACAUGUUCAUAAAUUUGUAUACAAUCCCACUGUGUCUUGACUUCUGAAUAAAUACUGUAAAAAUAA